AUGUCUGCCCUUCCCCCUUCCUCUAUUACAAGUCCUCAAGAACUUUUAAACCACGAUCUACACAACAUGGAAAAAAAGAAAGAAACUUACAACUUCGCCGACAACAUUAACACCGAAAGAGAAACAGGAACAAUCUUUUAA